GGUGUCAUGGCGGCCUCCAUUGCGGCUUGUCGUCCUGCAACAGCGAUGCUCGGCCUGUCUAUUAGAGAGAUCUCCCAGGCACUGAGGGAGGGGAGGGUAUCUGCCACUGAACUCUGCAAGAAAUGCAUCAACCAACUACAGAGGACGCAUUAUCUCAAUGCUUAUAUCACCAUCACAGAGGAGAAAGCCAUGGAACAAGCACAGAGAUCAGACAACAGGCUACAAACAGGUAAACCUCUUGGUCCUCUGGACGGAAUUCCCUUCUCUGUGAAGGACAACUUCUGCACAGAGGGCAUCGAGACUACCUGUGCUUCAAACAUGCUUAAAGGUUACAUUCCUCCAUUUAAUGCAACAGUUGUGCAAAAGCUGUUGGAUCAAGGUGCAGUUCUUGUUGGAAAAACAAAUUUAGAUGAGUUUGCAAUGGGAGCUGGCAGUACAGAUGGAGUGUUUGGUCCAGUUCGGAACCCAUGGAGCUAUGCAACCCCAUACCGUGAGCGGAGCCGGGGAGAUCCAGAUUCUGAUUGGGCAAUCACAGGAGGAAGUUCAGGUGGAAGCGCAGCAGCAGUGGCAUCUCUAAGCAGCUUCCUAGCGUUAGGGUCUGAUACAGGAGGCUCUACACGAAACCCUGGUUCCCUCUGUGGAGUUGUGGCUCUGAAACCCACUUAUGGCCUGCUCUCCCGACAUGGACUCAUCCCUCUGGUGAACUCAAUGGAUGUGCCUGGAAUCAUGACCAGGAGUGUCUAUGAUGCUGCUACAGUUUUGAGGAUUCUGCAGGGUCGAGAUGAGAGGGACUCAACAACUGUCCAGGCACCCAGCACCCCACCCAGUCUUCCUGAACAUUUUGACAUUAAAGACUUAUGUGUUGGCAUACCAAAGGAGUAUCACGCCCCAGGCAUGUCAAAGGAAACUCUGACCCAGUGGAGUCGAGUCGCAGCCAUGUUUGAGAAGGCGGGAGCGAGGGUACAGGAAGUGUCUCUCCCACACACACAGCACUCCAUCGUCUGUUACCACGUCCUGUGUUGCUGUGAGGUAGCAUCCAAUAUGGCACGAUUUGACGGCCUUGAAUACGGCCAUCGCAGUGCAGUCGACAGCUCUACAGAUGCCAUGUACGCCACCACAAGACAUGAAGGCUUUAACAAUGUUGUCCGCAGAAGAAUCCUCGCAGGGAACUACUUCCUUCUGAAAAAAAAUUAUGCGCAAUACUUUGUGAAGGCUCAACAGAUCCGGCGUCUCAUCGCUGAGGAUUUUAAGCGUGUGUUCCGCUCCGGCAUAGAUGUUCUCCUCACACCCACGACACUUGGCGAUGCAGCAUGCUACUCUGACUUCAUACAGGAAGACAACCGAACCCGCAGUGCACAGGAAGACGUCUUCACCCAACCUGUCAACAUGGCAGGUCUGCCUGCCAUCACUGUUCCAACGGUCCUCUCACACAGAGGUCUUCCCAUCGGCCUGCAGCUGAUUGGUCAGGCACUACAGGACUGGAAGUUGUUGACAGUAGCCCACUGGAUGGAGCAACAGCUCAAAUUUCCAAUGAUCCAUUUCCAUGAAGCCUCAAAUGAGAUCGAGGUGGACAGCGCAAUCAGAGAAUGCAGGCAUACUGUGGGACCAUAACACUGAGACAGAACAUUUAAAGAACAGGGGAACUGAAAUUUGGUGUCAAUGUACAAACCAGAAGUGAAAACUUCAUCCUAGUGCAACAACACACUAUAAUGUAUAUAUGAGUCUCCAUAUCCUGUAAGCAGUGUUUUAUGAUUUCACAUAUUAAUUUGCCUUCCUCAAAUAACUGGUCAUAUUUAAUGCGUUAGUGCUAUGAUCAGUAGAGCCACUGACUCGAAAGCAAAUAUAUUAAAUGUACCAAUGUAAUACAAGUUAAGCUCCAUCUACAGCAUUUGUGAUAUAUUAUUGAUUACCACAAAAAUUAAUUUUGACUUGCCAACCCUUUCUAAAAAAACAAAAAGGAAAAAUUGGGGUUCCAGUGAGUCACUUACAAUGGAAGUGAAUGGGACCUAUCGUAAGUGUUAAAUACUCUUUCAAAAGUAUAGCCACAAUACAAACAAUAUGCUUGUUAUCGUGAUUUCAGGACUAUGUGUACUAACCCUAAAAUGACUAAUGAUUUGUUAAACAACUUUACAGCUCUAAUAAUAGACGUUUUAAAAGAAGAAUGAAUGAAAGGGAUUUUAAUGAAAUUAUAAGCUUCAAAUGUUUGCCUUUAAACCCCCCAGCAAAAUACAUGAAUACAUUUUUGUGGUAAUCUACAUCAUGCCACAUAUGCUGUCGAUUGAGCUUGACUUGUAUUGAACCCGGAAUAUUUCUUUAAUGUGAAUUUAAACGUUACAAAUUGUAACUGUUAUAGCAGUUUUCACUAGCACUUUUUGUGCUGUAUUCAUGGCUGGUGGCUUUUACUUUAAACAGAUUUUUGUAAAAGAAUGAAAUUCUGAAGGUAAAAACUGAAUGAAGGUACAAAAAACCUCUUUGUCUUUUCUACAAUCCAACAACAUUAUAAAAAAAAAAGUUUGAUACAAUUUGCACAACAGAAACCCAAGUAGCAAUCAUUGUGUUUUGCACAGUUUAACCACACUCUUGAGGAAAGAACACACAUCCUGUUUCUAACGAAAAAUGACACCCUCUUAUACCACUGCAGUUGAGCUUAUAUUCCAUGUGUGAGGUUUGUGUUUUUAAAAUGUAUUUAUGGCGGUAAAGGUUGUUUAUAGAAUAAAGGCAGAUGGAUUAGUAUAUUGUCUUCACUGAUGUGGUAAGCACACUGUCAUGUGGCCCUUAUAGGGAUAUUUCACCCAAAAAAGAAAAUUCUCUCAGCAUUUACUCAACCUCAUUCCGUCCCAGAUGUGUAUGACUUUCUUUUUACCUGGAGAACACAAAUGAAAAGAUUUUUAGAAGACUAUUUCAAUGAA